AUGCGUUUCGCCGCCACUACCAUCGCCCUUCUGCUGGCUGUUGCCUCAGCCACUCCUGUUCCUAACCUGAACGAGGCGAACAUCGUCAAGGACGCCGAAAGUGAGCUUUCACCUGCAAGAAUCAACGACCGAGAUCUAAUGAAUGAUGUAGGCAAGCCCGUCGUAGACCUCGGCUUCCUCCAGGCUCAUGAGACUCGCGAUGUCAACCUCGCUGAUGUUGUCGUGGCUAGGGCCUCUGAUGAGGUCGAGAACUCGUCUGAGCGUCGUGCUAUGGCCCCUGCCAACCACCAGAGUGGCCUAUUCAAGGCUGGCAACGGUUGGGCUAAGAGAGUCUUAACCACUAUUAUCAUUAAUGGAGUCAACGUAGCUGUGACCGCUUGGUUCAACGACAUCCACACGCUCAUCGUACAGUUCAAUGCCGCCUUCCCCAACGCUCCUAACUUCGUCACCGCCGGAAUCGAGGACAUGUCUACCGGGAUGGAGCGCUCCCCCUGGAAGAUCUUCUGGGAUGAGGCCUACACCCUAACCAUCAAGCCCGGUGAAAGGUUCCAGUUUGACAACCAAUUCGUGAUGUGGUGGAAAUAA